GAGUGAUGAGGCGAAGGCCCGAGCGCAGUUGAUUAAAACCCGGCACGUGAUGAGAGGAUCCGCUUAUGUCAGCCACUGAACAAUGACGGAAAGACGCGGCACGGCGAGUCUCCGUCGGUCCAUACGUCAACGGCGUCAUUAAAGCAAGCUUCUUCCACAUCCAACUCUUUUCGAUGACUCCUCACAUUUCUUUUUGCACACCGCCAGCGAGUUCUCGGUGCCCUUCGCUCUCCGACGAUGGAUGACGCGGGAUUGGAACGCAUUGCAUCGGACAACCCAGCUUUGACAGCCCCAGCUCCCCAACACAUCGCUAUCAGUCGCUCGAGAUCAAAUGGCCAAGCGAAGAACGCUUCGGGCCCUUCCCGAGGCUCUCGUUCGUCGGGAACCCCUCCUGAAUUGUCGAAAUAUGAUGUUGGCUGGCGUCGUGUGGUCAGGAACUUCUCCCCGUCAUGGUUUUCCGUUACGAUGGGUACCGGAAUAGUGUCACUACUAUUGAUCACCAUACCGUUUAAGGCCGAGUGGUUGUACUGGCUGGCGGUGCUCUUUUUUGGACUGAACACUAUCCUGUUCGCUUCAGCCUUCACCGUUUCCGUCCUCCGUUACAGCCUCUAUCCUGAAAUUUGGGGAGUGAUGAUCGCGGAUAGUACGAAUUCCCUCUUCCUUGGAACCAUUCCAAUGGGAUUUGCUACGCUCGUGGAGUGCUGGAUUUUCCUUUGCGUUCCGUAUUGGGGUCCUUGGGCGGUGACAUUCGCUUGGGUAUGCUGGAUGAUCGACUGCGUGGUUGCACUAGGAGUAACCAUCUCUCUUACAGUCCUCCUAAUCUCUGCGUCGCAUCAGCAAGCCUUGCACCGCAUCACGGCAGCACAGCUGUUACCCAUCGCCGCCACCAUCGUUGCGGCUGGAACAGGUGCCGAAGUCGCUAAGAUCCUUCCGGAUCCCGAGAAUGCCCUCGGAACACUCAUUGUGUCCUACGUUCUGUGGGGCAUGUCUACACCUCUUGCGAUGACGGUCCUCGUCAUGUAUUACACACGGCUGGCGCUCCACAAACUACCGCCUCGGGAAAUCGUUGUCUCGUCAUUCCUUCCGCUCGGCCCGCUUGGAAUGGGUGGCUAUACCAUAAUGUACCUUGGAGACGUGUGUCGCGAUGUCUUCCCACAAACGCAGGUCUUCCACAACCUUGCAGUCGCCGGCGACAUCUUUUACGUCCUCGGCGUCUUCGUCGCCCUUAUAAUGUGGAGUUUUGGGCUCACUUGGCUCUGCUUUGCGCUCGCUUCGAUUUAUAAGUCGCGCCCCUUCCCAUUCAAUAUGGGUUGGUGGGGAUUCACGUUUCCGCUCGGGGUCUUCGCCGUCAGCACGAUGGAGUUCGGCAUUCAAAUGCCUAGCAUGUUCUUCAAGGUCCUCGGAACGAUCUUCAGUGUCGCAGUAAUACUGCUCUGGUGCGUAGUUGCUACUGGAACGGUUAGAGGAGCUAUAGACGGGAGGCUGUUCCACGCACCUUGCUUGGCUAACCUUCCGAAGAAAGAAGUUGAGGAUGUUGGAGAAGACAGCGGGGAGAAAGAGAAGGGCUUGGCUCAAUGAUAUUUUUUGUUGGGAUGAUCGGCUAGCUGGUUUUUGUUGGAAGCCAACCACGCCUACACCAUCGUGUUGAUGAUGGGUUAGGCGUAGCCGAGGGCCACAUGUCACCUUUGCUGACAAUGAGCACUGCAGGCGUGCUCUUUACGUCAAACUUACUGCAUCGGCCCUCGUAUUGGCAUGAAAGGGCUAGAACAUGAGAGCUCUCGUG